GAGAAGGAGGCAGAAAGACAGUCAGAGCUGUCAGUGGAUCACCAGACUUCUAUGAGCAGGCAUCACCAGAGGCAGCAGUCUCCUCCAGCCAGCAUCACCUUGGAUGCCAUCCAGCUGAGCACCAUAAAGAAGCACCUGAGCUUCCCUGCAGGGCCCGUGCUGGUGCGGACUGGCAGUACUUCCUCCAGCAAGUCGUUUGACUGCAUGAAUGUCAACCUCAAUGGAGGCGAAGGCAAGCGAGAAGAGGCGGUGGGAGGCUCUGAAAAGGAAGGGGGCCUUCCAACAGGCAGCUCCCACCGCCACUCCACCAUUAGCCUGCAGGAGGAGCACCUCAUCAGGCCAGAGGACGCCCAGGACCUCCUGUCUCCUGGAGUUCCUCUCACCAAGCAGUCCCGCUCCCCCAGCUUCAACAUGCAAAUCAUA